GUCACCAUGCUGGAACAAGCAGGCGCACUCUGCAUUGGAAAAUGUUCCUUAACGCUUAUCAGCUCCUUCAUUUUCCCCUGCAGCGGUGGAUUUUAUUAAAGGGAAAUAUAUGAAAAGACUUUUUUUUUUUUAACCUUUUUCAUUUUUUGUUUGUCGACUGAAUAAACGGUUUUAAACACGCGCUGCUCUGAAUGAAUAUUAAUCUGAGGAUAAGCGACCUGUCGAGCACCUCUCUUAGUGAAGGACCCCCGGCAGUUUGCAGCUCAGAAAUGUUAGAUUUGAGCCAGUUAAACUGCUCAGCCUCCAGGUUACCACCUCAUGGAAACAGGUUGGCCAUCUUGACCAUGACCCUGGGCAUCAUCUCCAAUAUCUUGGCUCUCUUCUUCUUAGUUAAUGCCUAUUCCCUGCAGCGGCGGCGCUCCAAAGCUACAUUCCUCUUAUUUGCCACAUCCCUGGUGAUUACAGACUUCAUUGGCCAUGUGAUUAUUGGUGCCCUGGUCAUCCGACUCCACCCUUCAGAAGGUGUGAGCACAAAAGAAGGCAACAUUUCUGCUGGCCUGUGCUGGUUCAUGGGUGGCAGCAUGGUGUUCUUCGGCCUUUGCCCUCUCUUCAUGGGCUGUGCCAUGGCUGCAGAGCGAUGCCUGGGUGUUACCAAGCCGCUGCUGCACUCAUCCUUGGUCACCAAAAGACGAGCAAAAGUCUGUCUGGCUGUCAUCUGGUUGGUAGCUCUGUGUGUGGCAUUGCUGCCGUCCUUUCGACUUGGCUCGUACACCUAUCAGAAACCUUAUACAUGGUGUUUCAUCAAAGUUCUCAAUAAUACUGAGAAGGUAGAUGUGGUUUUUGUAGCGCUGUUCUCGGGACUUGGUUUGAUCUCGUUAGCUCUGGCUUUAGUGUUUAACACCAUCAGUGGACUGACUCUGGUGCUGGCCCGGCUCCGGAGGCAGCCCGGCUCCCAUCACUCAACCAAGUCGAAUGACAUGGAGAUGGUGGUGCAGCUGGUCGGUAUCAUGGUCACCUCAUGCAUCUGCUGGAGCCCUCUGUUGAUCUUUGGCUUGAUGUCAGUGGUCCGCUUCUACAUGCUUGAUGCCAGUGGUCCGCUUGGGGACGAUCUGUGCAGGUACAUAGACCUGAUAGUGUUGGGAGUAAGGUUUGCUGCAUGGAACCAGAUCCUCGACCCCUGGGUCUACAUCCUGCUGCGUCGCAGCGUGCUCCGCAAAAUCUACCUCAUCGCCAAGUGCCAGGCAGGACUGAGGGGUACUAUGAUAAGCCGCUGGGAGCAAAGCUCUGUUCCCAGCUUGGACAAAAAUGCAGUCAACCAAGUCUGAGCAGAGAGACUGACUGACUUUGUGGACAUACUUUGUAAUCAGGUAGCUGAAUGCAAAGACCUUUAUAAAGAGACUUUGGGGGGCAACUUUGAGGCUAUAAUGGUGGAGCAAUCCAGCUUUCAAAGCUUGUCAUUUUUCAGUUCUUUCAUUUUAGAUCUGCUCAUGGAUUCAAUAACAUUUCUUUCUUUUCAUACAUUUACAUAUUAACUGUUGCCUGACCUGACAAAUGGAAGCUAGCUAAUGCUAUAUUUUGCACAAAAUAUCAUCAAAGUACUAAUGUUUACUUACAAUAAGUGAGCAUUCCUUAAUAUUCUAUUUACAUUAUUAAAGGGUAAAGAAGUAUGUAAAUGCAGCACUAACCACGCUUUUGUGCUGAAAGACUCAAUGAAUUUUAGAAGGGAAAUUUUAAAGUCUGGUUUUAUCUCCAAUUUAAAUUUUCACCAGCUUUAAAAGUUAAAAACCUUCUUGCAUGGUGACUUGGUCUUAUCCAGUAGCCACAGAAGAACUGAACUACAUCAGAAUAACCAUCAGAGGGAACUCAAACCCAGAAGUAUAAGUGUUACAAUAAUGUUAUGUCUUCUGCUGAAUGUACUUUUUAAAGGAAUGUUAAUAUUCAAAUAGUAUGGAGAUUAUCUGUGUUUGAGUUUAUAAGUUAUUUCACAUGUUAAACUUGUUGUUUGUGUGAAAUAAUGUCAGAUUUUGUAAGUUAAUACUUAAAUAUUACCCUCAAUUUACUGAGGAUGUGUAAAGAGCUUUUAAAAUGAAUGUAAA